GAGGAUCCAGAAGCGCACUAUAUAAACAAAAUUGAACGGGCAAAAUCUCUUAGUGCAGAACUAAACACACCGAGUGCUUCACCUAUCCGACCCUCACAUACGAGCUCACACACAUUCCACCUCACUUCGUCACUUCCAUCAUGUUUGUGACACUACACUUCCCACUCUUCUUCUGUCUCUUCAUCUUCCUCCUAAGCAUUCAAUCAGCUGUCCUCGUAACACCGGCUACACCGCACAAGAGGACACUACACUUCCUUGCUAAUGAAGGAUUCCCACCUGUUACACCGACUUCCUAUAAAACUCACCGGGCUCUACCGGCGUUGAUUGAGAAACCCCUUCCAGUUGCCAUCUACACGAAUAACUUCAAUGAUCACUACAACCAAUUUGGGCAUCUUCAGCAGAACAUCAACGGCUACCUUCCACCGGCACCACCUACAGCUCCAGGGAGCCUCUACUUCCCACCACCUCUUAUAACACCAUCAUCGAACAGUAUAGAGGAUGAGGAGUACUACCACCAUGAUGGACGAUUGUUGAAGCAAUAUCUCGUCCGAGAGGAAAUCCUCGACUACCCUGCACCCAUAGAAGCAAACACUCUUGGCCUUAACCCCCUAGCACAACUCCCUGCAAGAUAUGCCAAUCAGAUACCCUAUUUGGUCAACGGAGAUCUCAUUGUUGAUCACCCCUUCAAACCAUCUCAUUUGCACAAGAAUCACGGUCCAAUUGCUCUGGGCUCCGGCUCAUUAGGCUACAUCAGGCUUGCAAAUGGUGUCUUCUUCCUUGGCAGCGGUUCUCUGGGCUACAUAAGUCAGAAGCAGUACUUUGACUCCCUAGUUCCGCCACAAGCUAAACGUUUCCAAGUGCCAGGACCCCUAACAUUCGGUCACAAUGACCGAUGAUGCAGGAAGCACCUUUAAAAGGAAAACAUUCACAUUUACUUUUUUUUUACUUUGUAAGAAAACUCAUAAUCAUCAUUAAGAAGCUUAAAUUAUAAAACUAGUCGAUAGUUCAUCAGACAUUUUUUGAGUGUUUUGUGAAAGAAAUUUGUAAAGAAACAAUAAAAAGAAAUCCUUGAGGCGAUUGACUUUCGCAGUCUUGCAAAA